AUGCUCGAUAUAACUGGAAUGUUAGCGGAAAGUUUAGAAGCUAUAACAAAUAGCAACACUAAUUAUAUUGAUAUUAACGAUAGUAUCAAUGAUAGUUUUGAUAGUAGAGAGACAUUGGAUAUAAAAAUAAAUUUUACAAUAGAUGAAAAUUUAAUAAUACAAGAGGAUCAUCACCAUCUUCAUCACCACCUUCGCUAUCAAGAGGAAGGAAAAUUGGAAGAUGAUGAUUAUGAUAGAGAAGAAUCGGAUAUGAUGCAGAUAAUGAUGGAGGAUCAUCAUCGUCACCAAUUAUUGCAACUCCCACCAAAUACAUUAUUAAAUGAAACAAUAAUAUUAUUACCAAAAGAAGAAGAAAUCAUCUUACCAAAUGAUAACAACAUUGAUAUUAGUAAUGACGAUAAUGAAGACAACGUUAAAAAACAUAAAAGGCAUUUCAAAAUUAUCAGUAAAUCAGUUUCGCAAGAAUUUAAUAAGAGACCUUCUUCUGAACAAUCACCACCAAGUAACUAUUACUUGUCUUAUCGACCUUCUUAUCCUCCCACCAAAUUAAAAUCUUCUUAUUAUAAAAAUAAUCUUGGUAAUAGAGGGGAAGGAGGUAACAAAAGAGGAAAUAAUUAUGAUUUUAAGUUUAAUAAUAUUAAUAAUGAUAAUGUGAAAGAAGAAGACGAGAUAACUUUUGAAAAUUUAAUAAAUUUUGAUGAAGAACCUUUCAAUAACAAUACUAAUAAUUAUUUAACUGUAAAAGCAUUAGAUAUUCCAACAAUUUUGGAAAUAUUGAUCGCGUCAGAUGAAUUGGUCUUGACAGAUUUCAUUAACGAAAUACAAUCACAUUUUAUCUAUUUGGAUCUUGACAAAUUGAGGCCAUACAUUAUCAAAAUAUUAUUGACAACAUUUUAUAAUCCAUCGUUCAAGAAAUUGUUCAACUACAUUUUAAAAAUAUUAAUAGUUGAUAAAGAAAAUUUGAAAAUGUUGUUGUUGUCAUCGGCAAAUGAAUUGUAUUUGUUGACGGAGGAUAUGGUUAUUAGGUUGUUGGAGGAGUUUGUUAGAAAGGAAUCAGAAAUUGGAAGCGAAGAAAUUUGGGAGUUUAGUUGUGAAUGGAGUAAACAAAAAAUGAUAUCAACGGCAAUAAAAAUUAGUAGCGAUGACGGAUCAUUGUUGUGGGAGAAGGAAGAAUAUAUUAAAUUCUAUAGGACGAUUUAUAACUUGUUACUAUUUGUAAAAUUUUCAAAUAUAUCAAGGAAUUUUUACUUUGAAAACAUUUUACCAUAUUUAAAAUAUUGGAACGAAUUUCAGCUCAUGAUAGAUGAAGAAUACGAUUUUGAUUAUGAAUUCGUUGACAACAAUUUUAGAUAUAGUAAUUAUAAUGUUAAUGGUGCUAGAAUUUGCAGCAAUGUUAGUACCAACAAUUCGGAAUAUCAUGAAAAGAGUUUAAAAUUAAAUUUAUUAUUAAAAAAUAAUGAACUUUUCAAUCAUUAUUUAAGCAUCAACAAUAAUCUUGAUAUUAAUGGUGUCGGUAGUAAUAACAGUAGAUUAGGUAAUAUAAUUCUGAAUGAUUCAAAUUUGAUUAAUCAUUUUCACAUGAAAUUAUUAAUAGAAUGCAUUGAAGAAGGUGGUAAUAACAACAAAAAAAAUAAUAAAAAAUCGUUAAAGAACCAUUAUAGAAAAUUCAAAAAAUCUGCAACCUUUUUCAAAAGAUUAUCAUUCCUUGGAAAUCAUAACGACAGCAUCAAUGAUCCAAAUAACAAGAUCAAAAAUGACAAUAACAACCAAAAGAUGCAUAAAUUUAAUUUAUUGUUUAGAAUGACAAGGGACGGAUUAGAUUCAUAUAAUAGAAACAAAAGUUUAUUUAAUAAUGGUCCAACAUUGGUUAUCACUAAAAUUCGUAAACCAACAUCUACAAUAAAAAAUAAUAAUACUAUUGGCAGUAAUAGUCUUGGUGAUGAUAGUAAUAUCUUAUUAAUAGUUGGUUAUAAUCCAAUUGGUCUUGAUUGCAAUAACCACAAUAAUAAUAAGAAAAAUUUAUCAUCCCAAUUAUCAUCACAAAUAUUUAUACUUUCAUUUGGUGCAAAUGUUAAAUUUGAUAAUAUCGGGCCGACAUUUGGAUAUUUAAGAGUAAACUUGGCCGAGAAAAGUUGCGAAUUAUCUGCAAUAUAUUUUUUUGAUGAUGAUUUAGGUUGUUGGUCAAAAAAUGAAAUUUUAGAAUGUGAAAUAUUUCAUAUUAGUGAACCAUAA